AUGCGAGUGAGCCCAAGCUUUCAGGGUGCCGGGGAUCUGAGAACCGCCGGUGCGGUGGGGCCCUCGGGGAGGUUGCAGGCAGCAGGUGGGCAGAAGGUGAGGAGGCUGCCUUCUGCAGCUGGGAGACCAUGGAGGCAGGCGGAUCCUCCCCCUGGAGGAGGGAGAGGUGGUGGGGAUCGUCGAGUGCUCCAGGGGCUGGUGGAGGACAUCAUCGAGGAGAUGGAAGUGGUGGCGGCAGAGGAGCAGGAGAAGGUGUCCGUGCAGGAGCGGGAAGAGGGGCCGGAGGAGCAGGGCCAGGAACAUCCAAGGACUGGGGCCUCGAGGGACCAGCCCCCAAUAGAGGCGCUGGGGGCGUUGGCGGCCCUGCAGGUGGAGCUGAGCUAUGCCAAAGAGCAGGACCGAAGAGCCACUGUGCGGCUACGGAGGAAGGACCACCAGAGGAGAGAGCGUCCCUUGCAUCAGAGAAGUGCCGUCAUCCAGGGCCUUGCUGGCUUCUGGGCCAAUCGCAUUAUGAACCCGUGCCAGGUGCUCGUCAUGAUCAGCACUGAAGAUGAAGACGUGCUGAACAAAAUGAUGGACUUGAAGGGCUAG